AGUUAAAUGCCAUCUCUGUUCCUCUCUCAACAUCAUCACCCCCCCUUUCACUGAUUUCUCUCCGCCAUCUCCAAACGACCAAACUCAUCAAUGCCUCUUUCGAGUUACCCAGCAGACAAGUUAUUCGAAUCCAUCACAAACAUACAUCAUGUCAGUCCCAACCGGCUUUUCCGCGUCCACGCGAUCAUCGGACACCCGAUGGACCCCAGUCGAAAACUAGGAAGUGUACACGAUGAGACGUCCACGCGAUGGUACUCGAUUCAUUAUCCGAUGCUUGGAACACCGAGAAAUUGAGUGUGUAGACUGCCCACAACCUCGCGACGCCCACGCAGCGGAGUAUCUCAGGUCUCUGAGGCCCAUACCCCGGCCGCCGAGGGAAGGGCCAAGCGAUACCGAUCUUGCACGCGCACGACGACCUGUCUACUUCUUUUACUCUGGCCGACGUCCAGAUCUCGGAGACCCUUAUGUGUCUAACAACAAUGACGACGCGCUGAGUGAUAUUGAGGGAGAGCUUGAUUACCCCAUGUCAGACGACGAUUCAUCAGACUGGAGCCUCAGCAGCUGUCCGGGACUACCUGAUGGCUCCUCUGCCGAUCACGAACGCAGCCCAAAAAUGCAAAUUAGCCCAAUACUGGAUUGUCCGAGCAUUCAGUAUCCGGAGUUCGAGUACCCAGAGAGGCCAUACCAGUCGGCUAAUGGACGACUCGCGACGCGGUUCAUAAACACCCAUGACCACACGGACUUUCUCAUGUAUAUCCAAGGUCUCUGUCGUCCAGAGACCCGGACCGGCAGCUGGGCAUACCUCUUCAAGCCCUACCACCUUGGAGGAGCCGUGGCUGGACGCCUGGAGAGACUGGGCCCAUACGGCGACCUUCGCACGCCUGUGAGGCACAGAGCUGAGCUUCGCGCAGCCCUCGCGGCACUGACAAUACCUGCCGACUUCAGACAUGGUUUCAGAUCACUCACGAUUGCGACCACUCGCGCCUGGCUAGCAGAAGAUGGAGAGCUGUUGGUUGAACAGGCAUGGGACGAAAUCAAUGAAGCGGGAUCCAAUCCCUUACCGGAGUGGGCAGAGGCUCGCCAUACCCCGGAGUUUGCACACGUAUCCGACGGAGACCUUUGGUUUGCCAUGAAACGACAGAUUCAGAAUCUCUAUUCAAUUGACGACCCUCAAAAUGCAGUGACAGUUCAGUUCCGCCUGAUCGAUUUUGAGUUCAAUAGAGAUUGCCAAGGGGAGGCCUUGGGGGCUCUCGACAAUCCUCGUCGGCCAUAUCGCUUCAGAGAGCCUAAGCCCAAACAGGAGUCAUGAUAGAACAGCGAUCACAUGUACUUUACAGAGUAUACAUACUACCGAUAAGAGGCGUUGGAAGGCAUCGUGGGAGUAGAAGUAGGGAUGGAGAACUGUCGCGAGGACAAGGGGUUUCUUGGGCGGAGUUUGCUCGUCCGAUGGUUUACAUCAGGUACUUAGGUUCAAUGAGCACCCGAUAAACUGCAACACACUUCACCAGUCACUAAAGAGAAGAUUCAUCAUGUCAAAGAGUUGUGUUGAGACUCUAUAACAGCUCAUGCCGGCUACUGAAGCGUAAUAAGUCUACCUUUUGUGGUCUCACACUCCGCUCAUAUCUUCUCUUCUCCAUUUCCCCUUUCUUUGGGCU